AUCAAUGAACUAGGUUAUAGAAACACAAAGGGUGGCCAGAAUCAAUGCAAAACAACUACGUCAUCAUCGACAAAAAUAGAUCGGGGAUUUUCCUUAUGUUAGCCUACUGGAAAUGAAACUAAGAGCGUAAAUGAAGCAGUUUUAAUUCUUUUAAAGGAGUGACCACCACCAAGCGUGCAAUGAUGGAAGAGAACAGCGCAGUUGGUUCAGCCACCAAGGUUGAGAAAGAUUUAUCAUCUCGGGAAGUGGAAAUGCUGUUUGACAAAAUAGCUGACCCAAAAUUCCCGAAAUAUCAGAUGGACAUAGCAGCACGCAGUGUCAGCUAUGAAAAGGUUCUGGAAUACAGAAAUCUGCAAGGCUUCAAUGUUCUUCAACAUGCAGCCUACUACAAUAACCACGUGGCCAUGUACACCCUUUGGAGGCAUUUCGACUGGGAACAACUCUCGGGGCAAAAAGUGAGCGGUCACAAUGACUUCGCCGGCUGUACAGCCCUCGAAAUCGCCGAGAAGAAAAAGUAUGAACAAUCGGUAAAAAGGAUUAAAGAUUUCAACAAGGACGAAUCCAACCUUAAAAAUAUACACAAAAUGGUGCGGGCGAGAGAAAUCCAUAAGAUAGAGGAAAUUUGCAAUCAGGACAAGACGGCCAUAGGGGUUCCUACAGAUGACGAUCUUCAACUUACACCUCUGCACAUAGCUGCAGGGAUUGGGUUUUUGGAAGGUGUUAUUCUCCUGCUAAACCUCGGUGCCGACAUAAAUGCCGUGACUGCUUUCGGUGAAACUGCUCUCAGAAGAGCUUCGCGAUUGGGCUACGAAGACGUGGUGAAGUACCUCGUGACAAGGAACAACUGUGAUCUCUCCAAAGCCGCAAAAGAUUGCUAUACAAGUCUAGAGCUGGCGUCUCUCCACAACUUUGGUGGUGUCCUUCUGAAGGCCACCUUAGCUUGCUAG